UGUGAGAGCCUCACGAGUUGAGCAGAGAGUAUCUGGAGCUCGAGACCUCACAUAGCCCAGACAGCGGCAUAUUCUGCCAUUCUACAAAGCUGCACACACCCAACCGUGGGCACAACAGGACCUGCCGCACCCACUCAGCAUCAUUGCUCUGGAAAAAAAAGUACCACCACCAACUAAUGAUGGAGAAACCCUGUGAGACCAAUGGUCACAUUGACAAGUACCCUGACUACACUGCAUGCCAGGUGGAAGAUGCUGGCAAAUCUGCCAAAAGGAAAACAAGACAAAAAUGUGCCCAAUUUCUGAGAAAGAAUGCCAUAGUGAUCCUCACAGUGUCUGGGGUGCUGGUAGGUGUUGGCUUGGGCACAGUAGUAAGGAACAUGAAUUUGACCAAAGCUCAAAUGACCUAUUUUGCCUUCCCUGGAGAACUUCUACUGAGGAUGCUGAAGAUGAUCAUCCUCCCACUGGUGGUGUGUAGUUUGAUUUCUGGAGCUGCCAGUUUAGACACCAGAUCACUGGGCAAGCUGGGUGGCAUUGCUGUAGCCUACUUUCUUGUCACCACUCUCAUGGCAUCGGGCUUAGCAAUUGCCCUGGGAUUCAUCAUUAAUCCAGGAGCCGGGGCAGGUGCCCUGAACUCCAAUGCACUGGGCAUAGAAACCACCAUCACUACCAAUAAAGAGACUGUGGACUCUUUCCUAGACCUUGCCAGAAACCUGAUGCCUGCAAAUCUUGUGGCCGCAGCAUUCAGAUCGUAUGCAACAGAAUAUGUGACGUAUACCAGGAACACAACCGAAGGAAAUAUCACCAUUGAACGGGUGCCUGUGGGGAUGGACAUUGAAGGAAUGAACAUUCUGGGACUUGUCCUCUUCGCACUUAUCUUGGGAGUGGCCUUGAAAAAGCUGGGGGCAGAAGGAGAAGAGCUGAUCAGAUUUUUCAGUGCAUUUAACGAGGCGACAAUGGUUAUUGUUUCUUGGAUAAUGUGGUACGUCCCUAUUGGAAUUAUGUUUCUUGUUGGAAGCAAGAUUGCUGAAAUGGGAAACAUUGCGCUCUUGGUGACCAGUCUUGGGAAGUACAUCAUGGCCUCUAUAUUGGGUCAUAUUAUCCACGGAGGAAUCGUUCUUCCACUUAUUUAUUUCGCCUUUACACGAAAGAACCCCUUUACAUUCUUGUUAGGAUUAAUAACUCCGUUUGCAACAGCAUUUGCAACAUGUUCAAGCUCUGCAACUCUUCCAACCAUGAUUAAAUGCAUAGAAGAAAACAAUGGGAUUGACAAAAGGAUCAGCAGGUUCAUCCUUCCCAUCGGGGCCACAGUCAAUAUGGAUGGUGCCGCAAUAUUCCAGUGCAUGGCAGCAGUAUUCAUUGCCCAGAUGAAUAACUAUGAGCUAAAUGCUGGACAGAUCUUCACAAUUCUCGUGACUGCUACUGCCUCAAGUGUCGGUGCCGCUGGAAUACCUGCAGGGGGCGUUCUCACUAUAGCUAUUAUUCUAGAGGCCAUUGGACUUCCCACAAAUGACUUGUCACUGAUACUGGCUGUAGACUGGAUAGUGGAUCGGACUACUACAGUGGUAAAUGUUGAAGGAGAUGCUCUUGGAGCAGGGAUCCUACAUCAUCUCAACCAAAAAGAAGCAGAGAAGAACCGACAGGAGGAGCUGAAUGAUGUUUAUGUAGAAGCCAUACCAAACUGCAAGUCUGAAGAGGAAACGUCCCCCCUUGUAAUGCACAGGGACCAGAUCUUAAAUCCUCAAAACACACCCAUGCCUGAAUCUAAGGAAUCAGUUCUGUGAUGUGCCAUGUUGUGCUCAUUUUCUCGGUUAGACUGCUGGUCGGUCCUUAAGACCAGACAUUGCUCACUGCCAGUAUAGCUGCUAGAGUCUAGAAUAGCGACUCCUUCUCAAAUCCCCAACAAAUCUUUGAAGAUAGCCACUAAUAAAUCUUACUGCCUCAGGACGAUGUCCAUAUUGAAAAAAAAAGUCCAAUGGGCCUCAUUUAACAAAAUUGGGUUUGUUGCCCAUUGCAACCAAUCAGAACUCAGCUUUGAUUUCUUAAACUGGUUUUCAGAGACCUCAGUCCGGGACCCCCACCGAUAAGCUGUUUGAGAAGGUACCAGUGCUCGUAGUAGUAUCAGACCCUUAUGGAUCAGAUACUGAUGACCUAUCCAGAGGAUAGGUCAUCAGUAUACAAGUCUUGGAAGACCCCUUAAACUUCUCAGAAAAAAAUGCACUGAUUGGUUGCUAUGGCAACAAGACCAAUUUUAUUGUUAGAUCAUUUUUACAAAUAAGGCCCAAAGUAGAUUGAAGAUCAUAUUUUCUGGUUGGGGCAGUUAGCACAACCGAUAGUUCAAAAAUUGCCAAGCUUGUUUAGAAUUUUCAGUGAACAAUCCCAGAAAAUCUGGCUUGUCCUGGGCUGAAAAUUUAUGGAUUUAUGUGUGUAUUUGAGGCAUGCCCGGGGUGCAACUUAAAGCAACCCUCCAGUUCAAGGGGUAAAAAAACACAUUAAAUGGGUAACACACAGCCUCCUUUAUAUCUCAGGCUCCUCUUCUGCCAUUCAACAUGGCCAAACCACUUCUCACAUGCACACUGUCAAUCAGUAGCCCAAGACACUUCAUACUCCUUGUCCAGCCCUGCUCUUGGAUUGGCCAACACUUCUCACAUGAGCUUUGUUGGCCAAUCCAAGGGCAGCAGGAAGUGUCUUGGGCUACCAAAUGCACUGUGUGCAUCCAGUAGUCUGAAAAGAGGUGCAGCCAUCUUGGGUGGCAGAAGAGGAGCCCAAAAAACUGGCGGAUUUGCAUCUGAAAAGAUGGAAUUGGGGGCACCAGGUACAUGUUCUGUACAUUCGCCAGUUAAUAUGAUUUUUUUUUCUUCAACCAGAGGGUCACUUUAAAUGCCCCGAAUAUAACAACAGAAUUGUUGGUAAGUAUGAGUUAUCAGAACGUCAGGAGGGUAAUGGUAGCAGUUCCGCUCCGGCCCUGGUUCUUGACUAGGCCUAAAGACCUCUCUGUUGCAUAGGCAAAACCAGUAUUAUAAAUGACACAUGGUAGGUGAGGGCCUUGUUACAAAUUCUACUUUGAGGUCCAGGAGCUUCAAGAUACACCUCUGCAUUUGACCCGCUUUAAAUCAUGUAGCUUUGAGGUUGCCUUAUGAUGAAGCACGGUUUUCCUAAGGGCUUUGGUCUCCACAAAGAUAUGUGACAUUUACUUGAAUUUUGUUGUUUGGACUGUACCGUUUAUUGCCAUACAUUGUAAAUUCACCAUUUUCUGAAAUGGAGGAUCAUGUUAGUAGUAAUGGACUAUGGGACCCGGGAUAUGGGGAAAUUUGUCGAUCCACUUACUAUUUACUAUUGAAAUGUUUUACUGUAGUUGUCAUUGUUUCCUGUGUUGUUUGUUUUACUUUAACCUGUGAUUUCCAUAUUACUGUUGCGGCCAGGGCAGUGCCUCCGCAGCAUCACCUCUAAUCCCUUGUACCCUACCACGAAUGCUUGGCCUUGGAUUUUGUGCUGUGUGUAUGGUUGCUAUUUGCAGCUUUUUUAGAAGUAGUAGCAAGAUAGACGGUUAUUUUGAAGCAAUUUUUAAAGGGCAUCUGUCAUCAGAUUUGUACCUGAAACUGUUUCACUUGGCAGCUGAAGGCAUCUGUGUUGGUCCCAUGUUCAUAUGUGCCCGCAUUGCUGAGAAACAUUAUGUUUUAAUAUAUGCAAAUUAGCCUCUAGGAGCAACGGGGGCAUUGCCAUUACACCUAGAGGCUCUGCUCUCUCUGCAACUGCUGCUCCCGCUGCACUUUGACAGGAGCAGGCAGUGGAAACAUCAUCACAGCUGGCCCAGUCAAUCAAACUGCAGAGGACACAGCACGGUCUAAGGGAAACGCCCCCCAUUGCUCCUAGAGGCUCAUUUGCAUAUAUUAGAAUUUAAUUUUUCUCAGCAAUCCGGGCACAUAUGAACAUGGGACCAACACAGAUGCCCUUUAGGCCUCUUGCACACAAAUGUUGUGUGCC